UAUGAUUGCAUCGCGGUGUUAAAAAGAGACUCUUAAUUAUUGCUACCAUUCAAAAAUGGAAAAUCCCGGGACUCCGACACUGGUCAAAACAAACAAUCCGGCUCCAACGGUUGAACAAAUAAAUGCCGACAGAAUAACUCAGUUGGCAAAUAAGUAUUGGGCUCCUCACACGACCGACUCACAUCUCAAAUUCGACCCACAAAUAGUUGAAGACGUGUACAUUCAAGAAAUAUGUGCUUCAAAGUUUUCAAUUCGACGCAUAAUGAUGCUAGAGUUCAGUCAAUACCUAGAAAAUUAUCUGUGGCCAAAUUACAUUACAAAAGAGGCAUCGCACAGCCACAUGAUGUCAGUGGUUGUCAUGCUGAAUGAAAAGUUUCGAGAGCGAGUUCAAGUUUGGGAAGCUUUUGCCAAAAAUCCCGAACAUUUUCCUGGGUUCUUUCAACAAGUUCUCGAGGCUUGUCUCCAAGAGAGUAUUAUGGACUUUGACCUCAAAGAGCAAACAGCACUGAUCGUCUUCUUGAAUCAUUGUUUCAAUUCGAUGGAGGUAGCACUAGUGAGGAAUGAAGUGAAAAGGCUUGUAUCUUUAUCCAUGUGGGUCUCACUGCAACAGGGGAGGCGCGAGUUUGAGUUUAGAAAAUUUCCCAAGUGGAGAAAGUAUUGGAAAAUCAUACAAAAAAAAGAUAACCCAGAGCUUAAGGAAAAAUUGGACUGGGAAAGAAGAUUUCUACAGCGGCUUAUGGUCAAGUUCAUGACUGUUCUGGAAACUAUAACUCCUGAAGGACCACUGUUGCCCGAUAAGGUACAUUAUUGUGAGAGGUUCCUGGAGCUGGUCAUUGACUUGGAAGCUCUUUUACCUACCAGACGCUUUUUCAACACAGUUAUGGACGAUAGUCAUCUAGUCGUACGUUGUCAACUUUCCAACUUGGUGCAUCGCCCAGAAGGAGGACUCUUCAACCAGCUGCUGGAGAUGCUCAAAUUUUACGCAAGAUUUGAGAUUAGCGAGGAAACCGGAGAUCCCCUUACCGAUCAUGACAUGACGCAGCUACACUAUACGAAAAUUACAUCACUUCAGAAGGCUGCCUUUGCGAAAUUUCCGGAUCUACGUAGUUUUGCGCUGGCAAAUGUGGCGAGUGUCGAUACCAGAGAAACGCUCCAUAAGCACUUCGGGGCCCUGAGUCAGGAAAAACUGCGAUCAAUCGCUACAUAUCUGAACCUCGUCCCACCCGAGGAGCGGGAAGCGGAUGAAAAUUGGUACCGAUUAGACUUGGACUUUCUACGAGAAUUACUGAUAUCGAGACACGAACGACGGUCAUCGCAACUCGAGGAAUUAAAUGAGAUGCCGCUCUACCCGACCGAAGAGGUCGUUUGGAACGAAAGUAUCGUCCCAACUGAAUAUUUUUCCGGUGAAGGAUGUCUGGCGCUACCAAAAUUGAAUCUUCAAUUCUUAACGCUUCACGAUUAUCUACUCAGGAACUUCAAUCUUUUCAGGCUCGAAUCCACCUAUGAAAUACGACAGGAUAUCGAGGACUCCGUCAGCAGAUUGAGCCCAUGGCGCGCUGAAGACGAUAGCGUUUAUUAUGGCGGAUGGGCCAGAAUGGCACAACCGAUAACACAGUUUGCCGUUGUUGAGGUAGCAAAACCGAACAUAGGAGAGAAUAGGCCUUCCCGCGUAAGAGCGGACGUUACCGUUAAUCUGAGUGUCCGUAAAGAGAUCAAAACGGAAUGGGAGAGCCUCAGGAAGCACGACGUCUGCUUUUUAAUUUCCAUCAAGCCUCCCAACACAAUUGGUACUAAGUACAGUCACAAGCUACCAUUUGUGCCCCAGGUUGGUUUAACGACCGUCCGUGGAUGCGAGAUUGAGGGUAUGCUGGAUUCUAACGGAAGGGUCAUAGAGGAUGGCCCUGAACCGAGACCUGUACUGCCUGGUGAGAACAGGACUUACCGUGUGUGGUUGGAUUCCAAUCAAUACCGCAUAGAUAUGGAUAUGGCGAGUCAUGGGAAGGAGGAUGUCUACGAGGGAUUCAAUAUAAUUAUGAGACGUAAACCGAAAGAAAAUAACUUCAAGGCAGUUCUCGAGACCAUCAGGGAGCUGAUGAACACGGAGUGCGUUGUACCCGAUUGGCUCCACAACAUCAUUCUUGGAUACGGGGAUCCUGGCGCUGCGCAAUAUUUCAGAAUGCCUGACGAAAUUGCGACGAUGGAUUUCAACGACACUUUUCUGAAUAUCGAUCACCUCAAGGCAAGUUUUCCAGGCUAUGAAAUCAACAUCAAGGAAACCGACGAGAGCAAAUUGGUCAGACCGUUUCGAUUAACGUUUGAGGAGGUAAUCGAUAGACGGAACAAGCUUCCUGUGAAAAAAGUCAUCGUCGUCGAACCCCACGUUCCUCCGAGCCGCGGACCGUACAAAGCCAACGAACCAAAGAGAAAUCAGAUCCCCUUCACACCGACGCAAGUAGAAGCAAUUCGUGCUGGGAUGCAACCCGGACUGACUUUGGUGGUCGGACCCCCCGGAACCGGUAAAACGGACGUCGCUGUUCAAAUAAUAUCAAAUCUCUACCACAAUUUUCCUAAUCAACGUACGUUGAUCGUGACACAUUCGAAUCAGGCCCUCAAUCAAUUGUUCGAAAAAAUCAUGGCGCUGGACAUAGACGAACGACAUCUUUUGCGUCUCGGUCAUGGCGAGGAAGCACUUGAGACUGAAAAAGAUUUCAGCCGAUACGGAAGGGUCAAUUACGUUCUAGCAAAGAGAUUGGAUCUACUAAUGGAAGUUCAAAGAUUGCAGGAAUCUCUUGACGUCAAAGGGGACGUCGCUUAUACAUGUGAAACAGCGGGGCACUUUUUCAUGUACCAAGUGCUCGCUAGAUGGGAACGAUUCAACGGCAGAAUCAAGCAAAGGUCCGGAAAAAAUCCAUCUCCUGGCAUAAUCUCCGACGAAUUUCCAUUCCACAAAUUUUUCGAUAAUGCGCCGCAACCACUGUUCAAGCAAAAAUCGUACGACGAGGAUAUGGAAAUCGCGCAAGGUUGUUUCAGGUACAUCGAAAGGAUGUUUACUCAACUUGAAGAGUUUCGUGCCUUUGAACUACUCCGAUCGGGGCUUGACAGGUCAAAAUAUUUACUGGUGAAAGAGGCGAAGGUCAUAGCGAUGACUUGUACCCACGCAGCGCUCAAGAGACGGGAACUGGUUGACAUGGGAUUCAAAUACGACAACAUACUUAUGGAAGAAUCUGCCCAAAUAUUGGAAAUCGAAACUUUCAUACCACUGCUACUCCAGAAUCCACAAGACGGUUACAAUCGAUUGAAGCGUUGGAUAAUGAUCGGUGAUCACCAUCAGUUACCUCCUGUGAUAAAAAAUAUGGCUUUUCAGAAAUAUUCCAAUAUGGAACAGUCGCUUUUCGCACGAUUCGUGAGGCUCGGAGUUCCUACGGUUGAUUUAGACGGCCAAGGUCGAGCCAGGCCUAGCAUAUGUAAUCUUUACAACUGGCGUUACAAACAGCUCGGCAACCUGGAACAUGUGAAGAAGAGCCCCGAGUAUCUCGUUGCUAACGCCGGUUUCGUUUUUGACUUUCAAUUGAUCAACGUGGAAGACUUCAAUGGCGUCGGCGAGAGCGAACCCAGUGCCUACUUCUACCAAAACCUCGCCGAAGCUGAAUACUGCGUCGCGGUUUUUAUGUACAUGCGUUUACUGGGCUAUCCCGCGGACAGAAUCAGCAUACUGACCACUUACAACGGUCAGAAGCAUCUCGUCAGGGAUGUGAUCAAUAUCAGAUGCGCGAAUAAUCCGCUGAUCGGUCGCCCGAACAAAGUUACCACCGUGGACAAGUAUCAGGGUCAGCAGAAUGAUUAUAUAUUGUUGUCUCUCGUGAAAACGCGAGCGGUCGGUCAUUUGAGAGACGUCAGACGUCUCGUCGUCGCCAUGUCCCGUGCCAGGCUCGGUCUCUAUGUUUUCGCCAGAGUUUCUCUCUUCAAAAACUGCUUCGAACUGACGCCGGCGUUUGAUCAGCUGAUGCAGCGACCGUUGAAGCUUCACAUACUACCGCAAGAGACUUACCCAGCCCAGAGAUUGAACGAGGGUCCGUUACCACCCGUUUCAGAGCCACCGAUCGUCAUCGAGGAUAUGCCUCACAUGGCGAAGUUUGUUUACGAUUACUACGUCGAAAAAGUGAGCAGCAUGAAGGCGCAGAUAAACAGCACGCAAAAGGAGUGGCAGAAACCCGGUACAACGCAAAGAGCCCUCAGCCCGACUCAUCAUGUCCCUGCGCAUCCCGGUGCCGACGAUGACACGGAUGACGAGGACGAACAAACUCGUAUUACAACCGGCAAUGAAUCUACAGAGGAGGAUGGAAAAGCGCCAGAAGAGGCAACGGACGAGCCAAUGCCGAUUCAGAAUUUACUCAGUGAGCGUAUGGACGACAGCUGAGCACUGCUCGAGGACCAGAGAAGCAAUUUUCGUACCUCUACAGAAUUACUUUAUCCGAAUAAAGUAAAAUUUUGAUACCUGA